CCGCCCAACAACGUUGUGAAUUCGUAUUGAGAAGGAACACGAUGGCGACUGCUCAGCCUGAAGAAAUGGAGAGGGAGAGUAAGGUUGUAGGAGACGACGAUGACGAAGAGGAGGAGAUGGAGUCCGAAGGCGAAGGGCUAGGAGAUGGCUCGUCUGAGGGAACAGGACAAUCUUCUUCUGACGAAGAAGAUGAAAAGGAGAAUGAAGCAGAGAUCCAGCGCCUGGAAGAGCAGCUCUCCAUAAAUGCAUUUGACUACAACUGUCAUGUCGACCUCAUCAAACUCCUCAGACAAGAAGGGGAGCUAGAGAGACUGAGACGUGCGCACCAAAAGAUGAGUGAGCUUUUCCCUUUGACAGAAGAAAUUUGGCUGGACUGGCUGAAGGACGAGAUGAAGGUUGCAGAAGAAGAUUCCAGCCGAGAAAAGGUUUACGAGUUGUUUGAGCGCGCUGUCAAGGACUAUAUCUGUCCAGAAAUCUGGUUGGAAUAUGCCCAGUAUUCCAUUGGUGGAAUGGGAGAGGAGGGAGGCAUUGCCAAAGUCCGCUCUGUAUUUGAGAGGGCAUUAACUGCUGUUGGACUUCACAUGACCAAAGGAUCAACAAUUUGGGAUGCCUACAGGGAAUUUGAAAAUGCCAUACUGGCCACCGUACAGCCAAUGCCUGGUAGUGUCCCGUCAGCAGAACAGCAACAGAUGUUCAAUGCUCAGCUUGAGAAGAUACACGCUCUUUUCAGACGCCAGCUGGGUGUGCCGCUUCUAGAUAUGGACGCUACCUACGCAGAGUAUGAGGAGUGGUCGGAGGAACCAAUUCCAGAUGCUGUCGUACAGAAUUACAAGAAAGCCUUAAAACAAAUGGAAAAGUCCAAACCAUAUGAAGAAGCUCUGCUUGCUGCAGAAACCCCAAAGCUUGUUGAGUACCAAGCAUACAUUGACUUUGAGAUAAAGGAGGGUGACCCGGCCCGUAUCCAGCUCAUCUUUGAACGUGCCUUGGCUGAAAACUGUCUGGUGCCAGAUCUCUGGGCUAGAUAUACUAAGUAUUUGGAUAGACAGCUAAAAGUUAAAGACCUUGUGCUUUCUGCGCAUGACCGUGCGGCCAGAAACUGCCCCUGGACAGUCGGUCUGUGGAAAAUGUAUAUCCUGGCCAUGGAACGACAUUGUGUAGAUCACCAGACUGUGACUGAUAACUUUGAGAAAGCAUUGAACGCAGGGUUCAUCCAGGCUACAGAUUACGUAGAGAUCUGGCAGUCCUACUUAGACUACCUGAGGAGGCGAGUUGACUUCACAAAAGACUCCAGCCAGGAGCUUGAAGAAUUGAGGUCUGCUUUUGUCCGUGCUCUAGAUUACCUGAAGCAGGAGGUUGAAGAAAGAUUUAGCGAGAGUGGAGAUGCUUCCUGCAGUAUAAUGCAAAACUGGGCCAGGAUAGAGGCUCGUCACUGUAAGAACAUACAGAAAGCCAGAGAGCUGUGGGAUAGCAUCAUGACCAAAGGCAAUUCCAAGUUUGCCAAUAUGUGGCUGGAGUACUACAACCUUGAGCGAGCACAUGGGGACAUCCAGCAUUGUAGAAAAGCUUUGCACCGAGCUGUCCAAUGCACCACUGAUUAUCCGGAGCACGUGUGUGAAGUACUGCUCAACCUGGAAAGAAUAGAAGGCUCUUUGGAAGAUUGGGAUGCAGCUGUACACAAAAUAGAAAACAGACUUUCGAGGGUCAAUGAGCAGAGAGCUAAGGCUGCUGAGAAGGAAGCGGUUCUUGCCAAGCAAGAAGAGGAGAAGGCAGAGCAGAGAAAAAAAUCCCGAGCUGAAAAGAAAGCUUCAAAAAAGCAGAAAAAGGCAAAACCCGGAGAUAAGCGCAAAGCAGAGGAGGAAGAUGACGAUGAUGAAGAGUGGGGGGAAGAAGCAGCAGAGCAGCCUAGUAAGAAGCACAAAGGGGAAGAGGAGAAAUCUGAAGACAAAGAAACUGAAGAGAUGGAGACCGAGAUGGGUCUGUUUGGCAGGAGCGCACCUCAAAAAGCACGGGCUCCGGCCAAACCGAAAGCAUCCAUCGCGACAGAUCAACCCAAAGUGCUUCAUGACGCAAACAAGGACAGCGUCACAGUAUUUGUCAGCAACAUGCCCUUCACCUUGUCCGAUCCAGAGCAGGAGCUGAGAAAGGUGUUCGCCGGAUGCGGGGAGAUCGCAGAGGUCCGUGUUGUGUACGGCAACAGUGGAAAUUUCAGGGGAUAUUGCUACGUGGAGUUUACGGAGGAAAAGAGUGCACUGGAUGCACUAAAACUUGACAGACAGCAAAUCAGAGGAAGACCUAUGUUUGUCUCUCCCUGUGUGGAUAAGAACAAGAACCCUGAUUUUAAGGUGUUUAGAUACAGCAAAUCAUUGGAAAAACACAAGUUAUUUGUCUCCGGGUUGCCAUUCUCUACUACCAAGGAGGAACUGGAAGACAUUUUUAAGGAACAUGGCUCUGUAAAAGAGAUCAGAAUUGUGACCAACCGCUCCGGAAAGGCAAAGGGCCUGGCAUAUGUGGAGUAUGCAAAUGAAGCGCAGGCAUCUCAAGCAGUGCUCAAGCUGGAUGGCACACAAGUAAAGGAUCAUGUGAUCAAGGUGGCUAUAAGUAACCCCCCGAUGAGGAAACCUCCACAAGCCGAAGCCUUCCGCCCCGCUAUGCCCAUGGUCCCGCGACAAGCCUAUGGAGCGAGGGGUAAAGGAAGAACCCAGUUGUCAUUGUUACCCCGCUCGCUGCAUCGCCAGAGCACGCCAAAAACCGAAAAUGGCACACCUCAGACACCGUCUGCUGCUUCAUCUGGAGAAGGGGACUCAAAAAAGAUGUCCAACGCAGAUUUUGCCCGGAUGCUGCUACAGAAGUGACUGUGAAGAAACCUGUUUAAUCGCAUACUAAGUCAAACUUUGAAAGAACAAUGCCCUUUGUGUCCUUAUCCAUCAAGGAGGCUGGCCACAGCUCCGCAUACGGCUUGGACUGCUGAAUCUACUCCCCGGGGAUUGGUUUAGUGCAAAAGUUUGUUUUAUUUUAUCCCGUUCAUCAUACUUUUUCAUUUUAUAUUUUAAAAGCACAGACUGUAGGCUUCCGCAUUUCCCUCAUAUUGAGGCAGGCAAGGUAAUGUAGGGGCAGUUGAUAAUGGUCUGUUUUGGGUGUGCUUUUACUUCACAUUCAUGGAAUGGUCAUUGGCCUCUUCCUAAUACAACGAACGGCGUAGGAUUUGGUAGGAGAAACGGAUAUGGUUUUAUAUACGUGACCUAGGUAUCCCCAAAUCUCU